UUUUGUCUUUAUUUUUAGCCGUUUUGUUGUUUGUUGUGUUUUUCUUUUCGGCAACAUCUUCACAAAAAUUAUUAGAAAGUUUAAAGUCCGAAUUUUAUUAAUCUUAUCAGAAGUUUCUAAUUAAAAUGAUUAAAUUUCCCGAAAGGAAAAAUCUUUUAAUUUUAAAAAUACAAUUCUCGUUAUUCAUUAAAUCAUUUUAAGCAUUUACAAAUUCUCUUAGCCAAAUUAUAAAUUAAAAAUGGAGGAGGAUUUUGACUGUUGUUCUAAUUCUUCUUGUUCUGCCUACAGAAAUGAUUUAAAUGAGAAAAUCAAUCUAUGCUUGCAAAUAUCAAUACUCACAAACCAAAGCCAACGGUUUAUGUUAAGUGCUGGAACAAAUUGAACCGUUUUUCGGAAAAUCAGAACUGUUGUGGUCAAAAUUGUAGAGAAACUACAGGGCAUUGUCGUGAGGGGAAUGGAGCUGUUUGGAUUUGUUAUGAUGGGUCGUUAAUUAAAUAUAGUCAUUCUACCAAAAAUAUGGAAAGCGACAAUUUAAUUAUGGUACUUGCUGAGAAGGAAUUUAUGAGAGCCGACAUUCCAAGUGAAGUACCAGAAGACGCUUAUGUUUGCCGCUUUUUUGAAGUUAUUGCUUUGCCUGACCCUGUUAAGGAAACCGAUUUUAAUUGGUUCGAAUGGGAAUUGGAAAUUGGGCUUUAUAAAAAUGAUCAAUGUUAUUUCCGUUUGUCAAAUAGUGGAAAUUACCGCACGGCUGAUGGGGCGUGCAAACGUUUUUUUAAUGAUCGAAUGGGUUGCAAUGAUGUUUUUGGUUGUGGGCAUAUAAUUCCUCCGAAAAAUAAGCCAAAUGAACCUACUCAAAUUUUCUUCACUUUAAACAAGAAACAGAUUGGUUUGUAA